AUGGCGCAACUCGAAGCAGAUGCCACCGAUGGCCUGUGGGCGAACGCCAGCUGGACCAGGCCCACACCCGUCAACUAUUUCCUGCUCAUGUUCAACGAUAGCGCUUUUAACGAUUCGCUGUUUAACCAAACCAACUCCACUGCAGUCCCAGCGGAUUCUACGGGACCUACCAUAACCGGGGUGCUCAUACCUUUGAUCUAUAUAGUGGUUUGCAUCAUCGGACUGGGAGGCAACACUCUGGUCAUUCACAUAAUCCUCCACUAUUCCAAAAUCGAAUCGGUCACAAAUAUCUACAUCUUGAACUUGGCGAUUGCUGACGAACUUUUCAUGAUUGGACUGCCUUUUUUAGCCAUUCAAAAUACCCUACAGUCUUGGCCGUUUGGAUCUUUUAUGUGCCGUUUGGUUUUGACCGUGGACUCCAUCAACCAGUUCACGAGUAUUUUCUGCUUGACCGUCAUGACGAUCGACCGGUACCUUGCCGUAGUCCACCCCAUUCGCUCCUCAAAAUGGCGACGCCCGCAAAUGGCUAAGAUCAUCAACGGGACAGUCUGGGCGCUUUCGUUUCUCGUGGUCUUGCCUGUUGUAAUCUUCUCAAACAUCCAGAAAAAAGGCGGGACUUGCAACAUCGCCUGGCCCGAACCUUCCAAUAUUUGGCGUGCCGCCUUCAUCAUUUACACCACAACCGUCGGCUUUUUCUUUCCCCUUUUAAUUAUCUGCUUCUGCUACUUGCUUAUAGUGUUCAAGAUCCGCAGCUCGGGCAAAAAAGUCCAUGCCACGUCAACAAAACGCAGAAAAUCGGAGCGGAAAGUCACGCAUAUGGUCAUCAUCGUAGUGGCUUUGUUUGUUUUCUGCUGGAUGCCCUUUUAUCUCCUGAAUAUCAUAAAUUUGCUAGUAGCGCUGCCUCCGGAUUACCAAGGGCUGUACUUCUUUGUCGUGCUCCUCGGUUACGCCAACAGCUGCGCCAACCCCAUCGUCUACGGCUUCCUUUCGGACAACUUCAAACGAGGUUUCAGGAAAGCGCUUUGCCGGUCGACGAGAAGGAUCGAGAACCACGCGCCGAACGAGAGGCAAGCGCAGCAGGACGAGAGCAGGCGCGCGCUAAUGCCACGCGAAAGCUUGAGGAGAGUCAUCCGAGACGUGGAUGACGACGACGAGAACAUAUCCGAAAUGACCGAAAUCUACCGGAUCGCGCAAAACGGCAACUGCGAUCUCCGUCAGCAGACUUCUCAAAUGUUGUUCUCGGACACUCGGUUGAUGCCGGGGAUGAGCGACAUGUCCUCACCCGAAAGGAGAGACAAAAUAGACGAUGGAAAAUGUCAAAAUAUCUCAGUCAACGGGUUGGGCCUCGCUACCCCAGUUAUUUUGAAUGGAGCCAAAAACGGGAGCAUCAAAACUCUGCCAGAGGAGAACACGGCUGAGCAGAGCACGUCUCUAGAGAUUAGCUACUUAUAA